AUGGGCCCACAGAUAUGGCCACAAAAGUUUCCGAUUGCAUCGGCGGGUAAAAAGCAAUCGCCUAUUGAUCUAAACGCAACUACUUGUGUUGUGGUUAAGGGCGACCAAGGGGUUCACGUGGAAAAUGGCCUCAAAGUUGAAUACCCAAAACAAUUUCCCGAACUUACCGUUCAAAACACGGGUUACGGUUGGAAAGUAGACAUUCCCGACGAUAUUGGCCGCCAAACCCGUGUGUCCGGCGGUCCCCUUUCACAUGUUUAUCGUUUGACACAAUUUCACUGCCAUUGGGGCAAAGAUUUAAAUGUGGGCUCUGAGCACACUGUCAACGGUAAAAGCUAUGCAGCCGAGUUACAUUUCGUCCACUGGAAUACCGAGUUAUUCAGCUCUCCUGCCGAUGCGAUGCCCAGUAAUAACGGGUUAACCGUUUUGGGAGUCUUUCUCGACAUCGGAAAUGAGAGGAACGAAGAGUUGGAGAAACUCUUGCAAAAUAUAUGUCUCGUUAAAUAUAAGGGCGAGAAAUGCAAAAUCGCACACAACGUGGACGUCACUAAACUGUUCCCGGAUAACAAGUCCUAUUACACUUAUCCGGGCUCAUUGACUACUCCCCCGCUAUGGGAGUCCGUCACAUGGAUUGUCUACUCCACACCUAUACUAUGCACAGCCGAUCAGAUCGCAAAAUUCCGGGACAUGUGUUACGUUACUCGCGAUCAGAGCCUUAUUGGGGGAGAAUUGUUGGAAAACUAUCGUUUGCCGCAACCAAUCAAUGAUAGGACCGUCACUUUUGUCACUCUUUAGAUUGACAUUCAGUGAUAUGUGAAUGAAAGACAAUACGAUUUUACACACAAUAUAUUACAUAAUGUUUAAAAUUGGUUUUUUAGUAUAGAUAAGGAGUUUUAUUAGACGUUUAGUUAACAUAAAGAAAUUGACACUUAAUUUUAAACUAAAUCUAUUUUCAAUUCGCAGCGAA